AUGAGCUCAAAAAAGGAUGCAUCCAUUGGAUGGAUGUACGAAGGUGCGAAAUCUAGUGUAAAUCGAGAAGAUUAUUUAUUGGGUAAAAAGGUCGAUAAAAACUUUGAAAAAUAUUCGGAUGUUGUUGUGGAUCAGGCGCCUGAAGCAAUUGACACAAUUGUUCAAAAUAGAACCAUUACCACUCAACAAAAAGAUGUUAAAACAACGCUUCUUCAAAAGGAAAUUAUAAAAUCAGAAGAUCCUUUUGUUGCCGUGAAAGUUCGCGAAGAAACAAAGCGACGCGAAAUAAUGGAUAAUCCAUUAAUGAAGAAAAAACUGCAAACAGUGCUGAGGCAAAUGAUGACCGCCAAAAAUGAGAAGAAGCAUAAAAAAAAGAAAAGCAAAAAGCAUAAGAAAGAGAAGAAACGGUCUCGAAGUUCUGAUAGCAGUAGUAGUGAUAGUGAAGAAGAACGCAGUCGAAGUCUCCUGAAAGAAGGAAGGAGAGAUCGACAAGAAGGUCAGGUUCCUCUGAAAAAAGGCGCAAAUCGAAAUCUCCGGCAAGGAGAAGAGUUUCACAUUCUCGAUCUCCAAAAAGAAGCGAAAAACGAAGAUCGAGAUCUCCGGAAGAGCGGCGAGCAAGAAGAAAAUCGUCAUCACGAUCGCCGAGACGCAAUGACAGAAAUCGCGCAUCACCGGAACGGCGUCGGUCGGUUGAAAGAAGGAAUCGAAAACGAUCACGAUCUCCACCAUCAACUAAAAAAUCUCGGUCCAGAUCGCCUGCAAGACGAGGAUCCAGAAGUCCCCGAAAUCGUGAGACACGAGCGAAUCGGCGAUCUAGAACGCGUUCAAAGUCACAUGACAGGCAAAAACACUCGAAUUCACGUAGAAACGAGACUGGUGAAUCCGAACACGCCAGAAAACGAAGCCCUGAAAAGAAGCGAUCAUCAUCAAGAUCGAGGUCGCCGUCUUGGGAUGAGAAGCCGACGUCGUCAAGUGGAAAGUGAAGAAGGCGCUUCAUCAGAAGAUGAUUCGAAACGCUAUGAUUCUGACGACGAUGCGGCAGACAAGAAGAAAAAAUCGUUUGGAUUAGUAGAAAUGCGAACAAAAGACGAGAAAACGGUGAAAAACGAGGAUGACGAUUCGAAAAACGUUUAUUCGCUUAUCAAAAUUCCGACGGGUCGUGGCGGCAAUGCGUCGCGCGAGAAACGCGAACGCAAAGUGCUCACCGAUGAGGAAAAAGCGGCGAGAUUGAAAGAAAUGCAGGAGAACGCGAAAUGGCGUGAAGAGGUUCGCGCGAGGAAUAUGAAUCGCGAUCAAGAGGAUGAUAAGGAAGAGCUCGAAGAGCUUGAUAAGAACGGAUACGCUCCAUCGUUUAUCAGAAACCAAAUGAGAGACGCCUGCGACGACAUGACCGUCGAGAAGCGGCUGCAGAGCAACAAGAAGGGUGUUCAACGAUCGCAUGGUUACAUGGAUCGAAGUUUUGCAAGAAAAUAA